UCCUAGUGGUUAGCGACUAGCCUUUUCGCCGCCUUUGUGGGAAAAGAGACUGUUGCGGAUGUUUGUGCUGUUUGUCGUCGAAUUAAGUUUGCGUGCAUUCAGGUGCAGAGUCUUUGAACCGCUAUAUCGCUGUACGAAUCUGCUGAAAUGGCUCGCACCUCACCACUGAGCUUCCAGGACGCCGAUGUGGCGGGAAGCGAGGGACUAACCGAUUACCGGAGGCUCUAUAAGAAGGAGAUGCUUCUGGCGAAAGGAAGCUUCGCCUCCGUGUACCAAAUAACAGCGAAGGGAGAGGGAAGCAGAAAAUUUGCGGCUAAAAUUUCAAAAAUCUCCAUGAACACUGUCACAGCGGUCAGCGAGCUGCAGGAUGUGGAGAUAAAGGUGCUGAGACUGAUGAAGGAGAGCGAAUACGUCUUAACGUUGGUUGAUGUGUGCGUGGACCAAGAAAGACCGAACCUUGGCAAAAUCAUCGUAACAGAACUUUGCUCCGGCACUUUGGAGGAUAAAAUGAAAGGGAUGGAUCUGAGGUCAUUUGUUUCAAACGCCGAACAAGCGAAACGAUACACACAUCAGCUGGUAUGUGGGCUAGCCGACCUUCACCAUCACAAGAUAGCUCACAGAGAUAUUAAGCCGGCAAACAUCCUUGUUAUGAUGGGACAAGACGAACAAUGGCGGCUGAAGUACUGCGACUUCGGCCAUUCCACAAUCACAGAUGACCAGAUCCUGAGCGACGUGCGAGGAACGAUACCGUACUGUGCGCCAGAGGAGUUCUUUUGCAAGGGGUUCACCUUCAAAGCGGAUGUGUGGAGUUUAGCCAUGUGUGUCGUACGUUUCUGGAAACCUGGUGGGGCAAAUUUGAUCAGUUCUCCGGCAGCUCCCACUGGCACCAUCCACCACUACAGAGGACACAUCAAGAAGAUUAUAAGUGUCUUUGGGGGCAUCACGGAUACAACGUUCUGCGACACAACAAAGAAGAGAAUGGCGUACUUCUACGCCUUCGCAGAUCUUUGCAAUGCGCCAGCGGGAUCUAAACUGCACGCCAACAUCAAGAACACGCGCAUUCCCCAGACCGCUCUUGACUUAAUGGAUGGUAUGUUUAGGUACGACCCCGAAGCGAGACUUUCUGCUGCUGAAGCUACACACCACCCUUACUUUCAGUAACUGCGACCAGCAGCUGAACCUGAUGCUAGCCAUGAGAAGACAGUAGCAUGCACUGUUCCCCUAUGUGUGUACCUGUUUUAGUUUCACUUGAGAUUUGAAUGCAAAAUUGCUAGUUUUUGUGCCACUUGAGUUCACUUUUGCUUGUUUUUUUUUCCUAGUACCAACCAGUGCACCCGCUUUGUUAAUAAAAAGAAUUUUCCAGCCAA